GCCCUUUCCGGGACUCCGUGGCCCGGCGGAGCGGAACGGGGCCGGGCCGGGCCGGGCCAUGGCCUCGUGCGCCGACAUCCUGCGCAGCGAGUUCCCCGAGCUGGACGGGGAGGUGUUCGCCUACGUCACCGGGGUGCUGCACAGCGGCGGGGCGGAUUUCGAGUCGGAGGACGAGCUGUUCGACGCGGUCGGGGAGCUCCUGCAGGACGUGUCCCGUGACUCCAAAGACGAUGAGGACAUCCGGGAUGUCUGCCGCAGGAUGUACGACGCCCUGCACAUGGACGACGAGAAACCCCGGGGCUGCAACCAGGUGCUGCUGGACGCCCCCAUUCAGCUCUCCCAGAUCACGGACGGCUGUGACGCGGGCGUGGACCUGUUACCACAGUUGCUGCUGAAGAGAGACCAGACCUCGAUGGUGAAUGUCAAGAAGCUGCAGAAAGCCGAAGCCAGGCUGAAGGCUAAGCAGGACAAGAGGAUGGAGAAGGAUACCCUGAAGUCCAGUAACCCACUGGUCCUGGAGGAGGCAUCUGCCAGCCAAGCUGCCAGCAAGAAGGAAACACGCAUGGAGUCGUCGGGCAAGAACAAGUCAUAUGAUGUGCGCAUUGAGAACUUCGAUGUGUCCUUCGGUGAGCGGGUGCUGCUAGCAGGCUCAGACCUGAACCUGGCAUUUGGCCGGCGCUAUGGACUGGUGGGCAGGAAUGGGCUUGGCAAGACUACCCUGCUGAAGAUGAUUGCCAGCCGGAGCCUGCGCAUCCCCUCGCACAUCCGCAUCCUGCACGUGGAGCAGGAGGUGGCAGGGGAUGACACGCCGGCGCUGCAGAGUGUGCUGGAGUGCGACAUAAUGCGGGAGGGCCUGCUGUGCGAGGAGAAGGAGCUGACGGCCAGGGUCAAUGCUGGCAGGGCAGAGGGAACAGAAGGUGCCAGACUUUCAGAAAUCUAUGCCAAGCUGGAGGAGAUCGAAGCAGACAAGGCGCCAGCAAGGGCAUCUGUCAUUCUUGCUGGGCUGGGCUUCAGUGCAAAGAUGCAGCAGCAGACGACCAAAGAGUUUUCAGGAGGCUGGAGAAUGAGGUUGGCUUUGGCCAGAGCCCUGUUUGCCAGGCCGGAUCUUCUUCUGCUUGAUGAGCCAACUAACAUGCUGGAUGUGAGAGCCAUUCUGUGGCUGGAGAACUACCUGCAGACAUGGCAGUCCACCAUCCUCGUGGUGUCCCACGACAGGAACUUCCUCAAUGCCGUGGCCACCGACAUCAUCCACCUGCACUCACAGCGGCUGAACGCCUACCGGGGUGACUUUGAGAACUUCAUGAAGAUCAAGGAGGAGAGACUGAAGAACCAGCAGCGCGAGUACGAGGCGCAGCAGCAGUACCGCGAGCACAUCCAGGUCUUCAUCGAUCGAUUUCGCUACAACGCAAACCGGGCGUCUCAAGUGCAGAGCAAACUCAAGCUGCUGGAGAAGCUGCCAGAGCUGAAAGCAGUGGACAAGGAGUCGGAGGUGAUCAUGAAGUUCCCCGAUGGCUUUGAGAAGUUCUCUCCCCCAAUCCUGCAGUUGGACGAAGUGGAUUUCUACUACGACUCAAAUAACUACAUCUUCCGUGGCCUCUCUGUCUCGGCUGACCUGGAAUCCCGGAUCUGUGUGGUUGGGGAGAAUGGAGCUGGGAAGUCAACCAUGCUAAAGAUCCUGAUGGGAGACCUGGCUCCAGUCAGAGGGAUCAGACAUGCGCACAGGAACCUGAAGAUUGGCUACUUCAGUCAGCACCAUGUAGACCAGCUGGACUUGAACAUCAGUGCUGUAGAGCUACUGGCAAAGAAGUUCCCAGGGAAGACGGAGGAGGAAUAUCGUCACCAGCUGGGAAGCUACGGCGUCUCAGGGGAGCUGGCCGUCCGCCCCGUUGCUAGCUUGUCAGGAGGUCAGAAGAGCCGCGUAGCGUUUGCCCAGAUGACCAUGCUCUGUCCCAACUUCUAUAUCCUGGAUGAGCCGACAAACCACCUAGACAUGGAGACCAUUGAGGCCCUGGCGAAAGCGCUGAAUAAAUUUCGGGGCGGCGUGAUCCUGGUGUCCCACGACGAGCGCUUCAUCCGCCUGCUGUGCCAAGAGCUGUGGGUGUGCGAGAAGGCGACGGUGACACGCAUUGAGGGCGGCUUCGACGAGUACAGGGACAUCCUGCAGGAGCAGUUCCGGAAGGAGGGCUUCCUAUAGGGGAGGCACCGGGCUGCCCCGCCG